AUUGUUAUUGGGUGUUGUUGAGGGAAAAAAUCUCUUCUUGUAAUGAUUUUCUUGCAACUUUUGGUCAUAUUGGUAUGUUUGAUUUGACAAGGAUGGAUCAUUUUUUUUUCCUCUUCUUUGUGAAACAAUGAUUUCUUGUCUGUUUUCUAGCAAUAGAAACUUGGGUUUUGGUGUUUUUCAUGUAUUUCUUUUGUUUAUGCUUCCCAACCUUGAGUCUUUUGAUUAAUUAUUGUAUAAUAUUUAUUUUUUCCCCCCUUGUAGAAGCUUCAGUUCUCUGGUAGUUUGUUAAAAAAAGUUGGGAUUUUGAAGAGUGAAAGUGGAUAAGGUUUAGAUGGAAGCAGAGGGUGCUGAUUUUCGGCGGUGGGACGAGCUAAUACCGGAUGCAUUGGGGCUAAUCUUUAGCAAUCUCUCCCUCCAGGAGAUGCUAACGGUGGUCCCCUUGGUAUGCAAAUCAUGGAGGAAAGCAGUGAUGGGGCCUUAUUGCUGGCAAGAAAUUGACAUUGAGGAAUGGAGCAAUCGAUCUAAGCCCGACAACAUUGAGCGAAUGCUUCGAAUGCUCAUCACAAGAAGCUCUGGUUCGCUGCGCAAGCUCUGCGUUUCCGGCCUCCCCAACGAUCUCAUUUUCUCCUUCGUUGCAGAGCAUGCUGGUGCGCUCCAGAACUUGAGACUGCUGAGGAGCGACAUGAGUGAUUUAAUCGUUGAACAGGUUUCCGGGAGGCUUUCCACAAUCACUUUCUUAGAUUUGAGCUAUUGUUGUAAGAUUGGCGCUCGUGCUCUAGAGGCCAUUGGGAAGCACUGUAAACUGCUAGCAGUACUGCGCCGUAACAUGCACCCAUUAGACAUGGAAGGCAUGCUCUCACAGGAGGACGAGGCCUAUGCCAUUGCCAGAACAAUGCCAAAGCUCAAGCAACUUGAGAUGGCUUACCUUCUUAUCGAUACUGAGUGCGUUCUUGAGAUUAUCUCCAGCUGCCCCAAGCUCGAGUUUUUGGAUUUGAGAGGAUGCUGGAGCGUGAAGCUUGACGAGAAGUAUGUCAAGGACAAGUUCCCGAAAUUGAAGGUGUUGGGGCCUCAUGUCGUGGACCAUUACGAGCAGAAUGAUUGGGAAGAAGAUUGCUCGGAUGAGUCUUACGCAGACUCAUUCUAUGACUACGAGAGCUUUGAUGGUAUGUGGGAUGAUGAUGAGGAAAGGCUGGAGCUGAGGUUUUAUGAAGGAUUUGAUGAGGACAAUGGUUAUGGUUGGCCACCAUCCCCUUAAAGUUUUAAGCCUUGUGACAUUGUAUUGCUCACUCUAUUGCUAGUAGUACUUGCAUGCUGCUUUUACUUUGGGACUUUGCAGUGCUUUAUGGUUGUACAUGUUUGAAUGGGAAUGAAGCUGUGUUGUUUUAUUUUA